CCCGCAGCUUCGCAACAACAUCAGUCGGAGCUCCUAAGCGAGAUGAACGCCUUGGCUCUGUGUGUGGUGGCGGCGAUGGUGGCAGCCGCCACGGCCGAGCCGCCGAGCGGCUACAGCUACAACCGUCCCAGCGGGGGCGGCGGCUUCAUCGGCGGAGGCGGCGGCGGAUUCAUCGGAGGCGGCGGUGGCGGCGGCUACAUCUCGGUGAGCCCCGGCUACACCACCAGCGAGGGCGCCACCGUCGACGCCGAACUGCUCGGCAAGAUCCGCGCCAUCCUGCUGCGCGAAGAACAGCAGCGCGGCGGCGGCGGCGGCGGCUACAUCGGCGGCGGCGGCGGCGGCCACGGCGGCGUGUCCACGGCGUACGGCGUGCCUUCCACCUCGUACGGAGUGCCCGGCUACGUGAGCCAGCGCGUCGUCGGCAUCGACCUGGAGGGCAUCCGGCAGGCGAUCCAGGUGGCGCAGUACGAGCAGACGACGUACGGACACGGAGGCGGCGGCGGCUACAGCUACCCGUCCUCCUCGUACGGCGCCCCCUACUGAGGGGCGCGCGCCGCGCGGCCGUAGACACCGCGCAGCCGUUACAACGCUGUACCUGGCACGCUGCCGGUCCGCCGCCGACGCCGCCCCCGCAGGCGCCGACGCCGACGCGCCCGCCCCCGGCCCCUCGGCGGCACGGCGGCACGCACAGAGGCCUCGGGCUCGACGGAGCAACACGGGUCCCUUCUCCAGACCGGCAACGGAGAAACACUACUAUUACACGUUAUCCCCAUCAUCUUGUAAAUACAAACGACGCGACGCAGUACACCCCUUUCCACAUAUCGUUUUAUUCUAUCUUUUUUAUACGUAUGUUAAGCUUUUUAUAGGAAAACAGAUGAAAAAAUAAAAAAUACAUGAGCCACCGUAAA